AGAAGCCAGAAGCGGAAGUAAACAGCAGCCAUUUCAAGCGACCAUUAUGCGACUUCUAAUUUCUUUCUUUGGAUAGAUAUUCCUUGUACGUUUCUGCCUCAUUUAAUCGUCGUAAUCAGUCGUAAAUCUCAGAUGUAAUUAAGGCGUUUCCCUUUUCUUUUUUAAGCCUCUUUUUUUGUUAUUUACGCGUGUCACUCGGUUUUGGGUCGGCUCAGAGCGACAAACUCAACCCAGAUUCAACGAACAGAAUAUAUAUGUAAAGUUAUAGGCUAUAUAUUCCCAUCGAUGAUGUCUAUUAAACUCAGAUUUUACAGCAACAAGCAGAUCACGAUGUUGCUCUUGCUGUUCGUUUUGUUUGUGGACGGUGUGUCUGGUGCAGAGACUGAUAUAUCAGUGAUGGAGGGAGAUUCCGUCACUCUACACACCAAUCUUACUCAAAUACUCAACGAUCAAACCAUACUGUGGAGUUUCGGACCUGAACGCUCUGUAAUAUCUGAAAUAACAAGACGGAACGAUCACACCUCAGUUUCUUUCACUGAUGAUGAGGGAUUCAGAGACAGAUUACAGGUGGAACAAAUCACUGGCUCUCUCACCAUCAGAAACACCAGAAUCAGACACGAUGGACAAUAUCAACUAAUCAUCUCUAGAAGAGGAACUGAACCUACAUACAAGACAUUUCAUGUUACUGUCCAACGUGUGAUCAGUGGGACAGGUGGAGUGAAGUCACAGUCAGUGAUGGAGGGAGAAUCUGUCACUCUAAACCCUGAUGAAUCUCUAAUACACAGAGAUGAUCUGAUGCUGUGGAGGUUUGUAGAUGAAGACAUCCUCCUGGCUACAGUUGAUGCAGAGACUAAAGAGAUCUCUUUAUACGAUGCUGAAGAGAGAUUCAGAGACAGACUGGAGCUGGAUCAGACUGGAUCUCUGACCAUCAGGAACACCAGAACCACAGACUCUGGACUCUAUCAACUACUGAUCCGAGGCAGAGAGAGCUCACAGCUGUUCAUUCUCACUGUCAAACGAACAGAUCUGUCUCCAGGUGCUGUAGCAGCGAUUGUUAUUACUGUUCUGAUUCUAGCCGUUGCUACUACUGGUGUUGGAGUGAUUUACUAUUGCCGCAAGAUCUCUGAAAUACAAAAACAACCGUGGUCAACAAAGAUGUCCCAAGAACAUGUCUCACUUGGUAAAAUCAGGUUCUGCGAGUCAGUGACUGAGGGAGAUCCUGUCACUCUGAAGCCUAAUAAUAAAAUAAAUAAAGGUGAUGUGAUCCAGUGGAUGUUUGGAGAAGGAAAGCAGCGGACUGUCAUAGCUGAAAUCAGAGGAAAGACUGGAAAGGUCUUUAUAUAUGAGCAUACUGCUGAUGGGAGAUUCAGAGACAGACUGGAGCUGGAUCAGACUGGAUCCCUGACCAUCAGGAACAGCAGAACCACAGACUCUGGACUCUAUCAACUACAGAUCAGAGACAGAAGUGGGGCUUCAGUCCAGAUAUUUUUUGUCACGGUCAACGGGUCAGCGAUUACGGGAGAAGAUAUCACUAGGUCUAAUGAUAAAAUGAUGUUUGAAGGUGACAAUCUGCUCCGGAGCACCAGAACUGAACACUCUGGACCCUCUAUGCUAUAUGACAUCGAAUCCAGAAGUGUCAAUGAGAAUGUGGAGGAGAAACCAGUAGAAGAAGGAGGUUCUGUCACUCUAAAGCCUGAUAGUGAAAAACAAAGGUAUGAUCUGAUGCUGUGGACAUUUGGAGAUCAAAACAGUCUCAUAGCUUACAUCAGAGCAGGGACUGGAGAGACGUAUGAUGAUGGUGCUGGUGAGAGAUUCAGAGACCGACUGGAGCUGGAUGAGAUGGCUGGAUCUCUGACCAUCACAAACAUAUUACUUCAACACACUGGACUCUAUAAACUACAGAUCAUCAGCAGCAGCGGAGGGACCUUGACAAAGAAGUUCAGGGUAUCCAUUCAAAAUUCCUCAGUAAAGCCAGAUAAUGAAUCAGAGACUGUAGAGAUGUCACUGCUGGGUGAAAAAGUUCCUGAUGCAGUGAAUGAGCAAGAGAGGAGAAGAUCACUUUAACAACACAAGACCCGCCCACUGCUGUCCUGUCAAUCACUCUGACAUCAUCAACACAUGCUCCUGAGACUUCUGUGUGUCCAGACUCUGUCCAGUGAAAGUCAGAGAUGAAUCUGUGUUGAGCUGUUAAAGCUGCACACAAGAAGCUUCACAUUACCUGUUAUUAUUAGUUUGACUCUCACAGAUCUGGGUUUGUGUAAUUGCAGACGCUGAGUGUCAUAUGUGCUUUUAUAAGACGUUUUAUCACAGCAGUAUUUCUCUAAGCUCUGCAUGUGUUGUUUUUAUAUAAGUAACUCCAGUAUCAGAUUAAUGGUCUGUCUCCAAAUCUUCUUCUCCUUCUCCUUCUUCCUCUUCUUCUUCUCCUUCUAUUCUCCUACUCCUUCUUUUUCUACUUCUUCUUCUCCUUCUAUUCUUCUCCUUCUUCUUCUCCUUCUUCUAUUCUCCUACUUCUUCUUCCUCUUCUUUCUCUUCCUCUUCUUCUCCUUCUUCUCCUCCUCCUUCUUCUUCGUGUGUAUAGUGUCUUUGUGUUCAAGCUGAAGCUCCUGCAAUGAGUCUCAUUGCUCUUAUAACAAAACAGAUGGAAAACUCUUUUGUUCAGUUCUAGUAGUGAUAUGAUACAGUGUGUUUUAUUAAAUCUGCUUGAUGAUUAAUGUUCAUGUAAGAUAUUAAUAUUCGCUGAUCUUAUAUCUGAUCAUUUCUGUCCUCUAGUGGACUAACACUGAUACAGUUUUUGCUUCAUAACAACUGUUUAACAAUAUACUUCACCAUUGAAUAAGAGUGAUAUAAUCUUAAUAAACAAUAAAAGU